AUUGGCUGAGGGGCCUGAGGCGAUAGAUACCGGAAAGGGGAAGAGCAGCCAACAUGGCGGCGGAGCGCGGCGCGGGCCAGCAACAGUCGCAGGAGAUGAUGGAGGUUGACAGGCGGGUGGAAUCGGAAGAGUCGGGUGAUGAAGAAGGGAAGAAGCAGAGCAGCGGGAUGGCGGCCGACCUCAGUGCGCACAGCCUGAAGGAUGGAGAGGAGCGGGGGCAAGAGGACCCAGAAGGUACCAGGCCGAAAGGACAAGAGCUGCCUGUGGACAUGGAAACCAUUAACCUGGACAGAAAUGCAGAGGACGUUGAUUUGAAUCAUUAUCGUAUUGGAAAAAUUGAAGGGUUCGAGGUGCUGAAGAAAGUGAAGACUCUCUGCCUCCGUCAAAAUUUAAUUAAAUGCAUUGAGAAUCUAGAGGAGCUACAGAGUCUUCGAGAGCUGGAUCUUUACGACAACCAAAUCAAGAAGAUUGAGAACCUGGAGGGACUGACAGAGCUGGAGAUUCUAGAUAUUUCUUUUAAUCUACUGAGAAACAUUGAAGGAAUUGAUAAGUUGACACGACUGAAGAAGCUCUUCUUGGUCAACAAUAAAAUCCAUAAAAUUGAGAACGUAAGCAGCUUACAUCAACUGCAGAUGCUGGAGUUGGGGUCCAACCGCAUCCGGGCAAUUGAAAAUAUUGACACGUUAACCAACCUGGAGAGUUUGUUUUUGGGGAAAAACAAGAUCACUAAGCUUCAGAACCUGGACGCACUCACCAACCUGACAGUCCUCAGCAUGCAGGGCAACCGGCUGACCAAGAUCGAGGGCCUGCAGAGCCUGGUGAACCUGCGGGAGCUCUAUCUCAGCCACAACGGCAUCGAGGUCAUCGAGGGCCUGGACAACAACAACAAACUCACGAUGUUGGACAUUGCGUCAAAUAGAAUCAAAAAGAUUGAAAAUAUCAGCCAUCUAACAGAGCUGCAGGAAUUCUGGAUGAACGACAACCUCCUGGACUGCUGGAGUGACCUGGACGAGCUCAAGGGCGCCAAGAGCCUGGAGACGGUGUACCUGGAGCGGAACCCCCUGCAGAAGGACCCCCAGUACCGGCGGAAGAUCAUGCUGGCCCUCCCCACUGUGCGGCAGAUCGACGCCACCUUUGUCCGGUUCUGAAGCUCCUGGCCCCCCUCUUCCAAGAGCCGCCCAGCCACGGUGUUUUAGUCCACCCGUUGCUCCUAAAAUCAUCACUCUAUCAACGGUCACAAACCCAAUGGCAAUAAAAAGGCACUGAGUGAAA